AAAAAUUGUUUUACAAUGUACUAACAAUGCAUUUUUGUACACAUAUAUUUUUUAUUUUCGUUAUUGUAAUAAUCAAUGGACCUUAUUCUGUUCAUUCACAGUUGAAGGAACCACUUCAUGAGCUGAAAAGUCCAAGUUAUGCAUCUAACCAAAAUAGUUAUGGUGAUACGUCAAAAAAAUUGUCACAAAAUACUAAUUAUGGAGACUGUAACAAUAUUUCAUUAAAUCUUAUUAAUGGAAAAAUUAAGUGUUCAAGAGACAACUGCAUAGCACAAUGUAAUGAAGGAUAUCAAUUUCCUAAGGGCGCAACCCAGUUACUAUUUGAAUGCUACAAAGGUACAUGGCAAAUCGAUGGAGUACAAACCAAUUUUGUACCGGGUUGCAAAGCGAUUUGUGUUCCGGAAUGUCAAAAUGGUGGUUAUUGUUUCGCUCCACAUCAAUGUCGAUGCCCGAAAGAUUUUAUGGGCUCACAAUGUCAAUUUUAUAAUGAAAUUUGUGAAAGCUUACCACAAGUACCGAAUGCAAGAAUAAGCUGUGAUUCUAAAACGUGUACUGUGGCUUGUUCAAAUGAAUUUGUCUUUCCUGACGGAACAACGAUUGCACGCUUAUUUUGUCAAAAUGGAGCUUGGGUUCCAUCUAAUCCUGAAUGGGUUUCACUUCCCAAUUGCAAACCAUCAUGCAUACCCCCUUGUCAAAACAAAGGGAUUUGUGUCAAUAACAAUGUCUGUCAAUGCCCUUUAAAAUAUCGUGGGGCUCAAUGUCAAUACCCUGUAAGUGUUUGUGAUUCAACAAAAUUGGCUUUCAAUGGCAAUCUAAAAUGUAAAGGCAAUGCGGAUAUGAUGUCUUGUACAAUAAGUUGUCCAGAUUCAAGUAAAUUUACAUUUCAACCAGCUAAAGAGUAUAUUUGCUAUUACGAUAAGGGUAUUUUUGAACCUCAGCACAUACCCGAAUGCAAUACAUUCUAUGAUGAAGGUACUAAUCAGCAUGAAGGUCCUUCAAACUACAUGUCUCAUGGUCAGUACCCAAGUAAGUCAGUAUACCCAUCUAGUAGAGGAUAUGGAAGUGAAUCUGAAAAGAAAUCAUUGGAAAAUAAUUUGGAAACUAAACAAAUAAAUCCUCAACCAAAAACUUGUUUUACUUGGGGUGGAAUCCACUAUAAGACAUUUGAUGGUGCAAUAUACAGUUUUGAAAGUAACUGUGCCCAUACAUUAGUUCAAGAUAUUAAAUUAGAAACAUUCACAAUAACAACUCAAAACAGCCUUGGUUGUAAAAACGAAGGAGUUUGUCAUAGAGUUAUUAAAAUUUUCUUAUCAGACAACGAAUAUAUAUUGACGUUAAAUGAUAAAAAAUCUCCGACACUAAAAUCAAUAAAUAAAACUUUGCCAAUACCAGUUCGACUUCCGGGAAUAGAAGUAGAAAUGUCAUCACACUUUGUUUUGGUAUUUUUAAAUUCAGUGGGAGCAAAUUUAAAAUGGGAUGGAAAUCUUUUUGUACAAAUUCAAUUAUCUGAAUUGCUUUGGGAUAAAACAGCUGGUCUAUGUGGUCGUAUGAAUGGAGAUAUAAAUGAUGAUAAAACAACCAGAGACAAUAAACGCCCACAAAAUAUUGCUGUUUUUGCUGCUGCUUGGAAAAUUUUAAGUCUUGGGGAGACUUGCGAUGAAAAUAUUAAUGCUCAACAUGCCUGUGAAAAUGCAAAAAAUUUAACUCAAAAUGCAACAGAUUUUUGCUUAAACUUAUUUUCUGAUGAUAAAUUUAAAAUGUGUUCUGAAGUUAUUGAUUUGACUGUUCUUCAACAAAAUUGUCAGUGGGAUUAUUGCGCUUGUAAAUUAACUGAUAGAAAAAAAUGUUCGUGUAACACUAAAGGUAUAUACAUUCGACAAUGUUACCAUGAUCGUAUGAUAAGAUCUCUUGAUUGGCGUACCAAUGAUACAUGCCCAAUGGAAUGUCCAGAUGGAAAAAUAUAUAAAGCAUGUGGACCGAAAUCACAAGCAACAUGUACUGCAGACUUUAUUGUAAAAUCUUUAGAUGAUGCUAACUGUGAAGAAGGAUGUUUUUGUCCAGAAAAUACAGUUCUUCAUGAUGAAAAAUGUACAACCAAAGAGAAGUGUCCAUGUACUUUGCGAGGAAAAUUAUUCCAACCUGGCGAAUCAGUUUCUAAAGAUUGUAAUACAUGUACAUGUUCAUCGGGUAAAUGGAUAUGUACGGAAGUAAUUUGUAGUGCAAGAUGUGCUGUAAUUGGUGAUCCUCAUUACACUACUUUUGAUGGGAAGAAUUAUGAUUUUAUGGGGAAAUGUAAUUAUUAUCUUGUCAAAGGAGAUGAUUACAGUAUUGAGACUCAAAACGUUCAGUGUUCCGGCGCGAUAACUGAAAGUGUUGGUUUUUCAAAUUCAGCUUAUGGAACACCAUCUUGCACAAAAUCGGUUACAAUCCGUAUCGGAACUAUUGUUAUUAAACUUAAGCAAAAUCUUCAAGUUUUAAUUAACGGUGAAGAUAUAACAACAUUGCCUAUACAAGCAGCAGGAGCUAAGAUACGUUUUGCGAGUAAUUUAUUCGUCGUUGUUGAUGUAGAAAACGGUUUACAAGUCUGGUGGGAUGGAGUGUCAAGUGUCUUUGUUAAAGCUCCACCUGAAUUUCGUGGAAAAACUAAAGGUUUAUGUGGAACAUUUAAUGCUAAUCAAAAAGACGAUUUCUUAACGCCUGCUGGUGAUAUUGAACAGUCAGAUGCAGCUUUUGCAAAUAAAUGGAAAACAGAUGAAGUAUGUUCAAAUGUAGCAAUGAAAGAACCCCAGCAUCCUUGUAAUACAAAUCCUGAGAGGCUUCAUGAUGCAGAAAAAUACUGUUCUGAAUUACAAGGUGAUAUUUUUUUUAGUUGUAAUUGGUAUGUAGAUUCAGAACCCUUUUACGAGGAUUGUAAGUAUGAUAUGUGUGCUUGCGCUGGAGAUAUUAAACAAUGCAUGAGUCCAACGUUCGCCGCUUAUGCAAGAGAAUGUGCUAUCGCGGGUGUUAAAAUUCUUUGGCGUAACGAAAUGGAAGGAUUUCAAAUACAGUGUCCGGAAGGUCAAGAGUAUCAAAUUUGUGGUAGUAGUUGCGCCAGAUCAUGUAAAGACAUAUCAUUUAAUCUAAAUUGUCAGGAAGAGUGUGUAGAAGGAUGCAAUUGUCCGAUAGGACAGACAUUAAAUACUCGAGGAGAGUGCAUUCCAAUCGGUGAAUGCCCUUGUAAGUAUAAUGAACUAGAAUACAAUGCUGGAUAUCGUGAAAUACGACCUGAAACAUUAGGUGAAAAACUGUGUACAUGCGCCAGUGGGACGUGGAUAUGUAAUCCAGCAACUCAAGAAGAAAUUCAAAUAUACCCACUUGCAGGAAGUUUUAAAACUGUAUGUGAUGCUAGUAAAAAUUUUGAAACGACUGAGUGUGAACCUGUUCAGCCUCAAACUUGUCACAAUAUGCAUGCACAUAUUGAGUACACUCCAGCUGUAUGUCAUCCUGGAUGCGUGUGUAAAAAACGCUACGUUUUAGAUACUAUUAGCCAAACUUGCGUUGAAAAGAAAAAAUGUCCAUGCUAUCAUAGUGGCAUAAGUUACAGAGAGGGAUUUUCAAUUCAACAAGAUUGUAAUACUUGUGAAUGUUCUAAUGGAAAAUGGAACUGCACUGAUCGAAUUUGUUCACGAGUUUGUUCAGUGUGGGGUGAUUCACAUUACACUACAUUUGAUGAAAAAACUUAUGAUUUUCAAGGUACUUGUGAUUACGUACUUGCUAAAGGUAGCUUAAAUGACGAUGAAACUUUUGAAAUUUCAAUACAAAAUGUACCAUGUGGAAAUAAUGAAGUUUCUUGCUCAAAAUCUGUCACAUUAACUGUUGGAAGCAGUAAUAAUCAAGAAAGUAUAACAUUAGCUCAGGGCAAAAUGCUACCUGAUAAUUCAUUCGAACGUAUUACUAUUAGAAAAUCUGGAUUGUUCAUUUUUUUGGAUGUCCCUGAUUUAGGUUUGGUAUUGCAAUGGGAUCAAGGUACUCGAGUAUACGUUAAAUUGAAUCCUAAUUGGAAAGGUUAUACUUCGGGACUCUGUGGAGAUUACAAUGAUAAUGCGGAAGAUGAUUUUAAAACACCGUCUGGAGGUAUUCCUGAAGUAUCAGCUCGGCUUUUUGGAGAUUCGUGGAAAAAAGACAACUAUUGUCCUGAACCAUUAGAAGUAAUGGAUACAUGUGUCAAACAUCCUGAACGAAAAAUUUGGUCCGUUGAGAAAUGCGGGGUUUUACAGAGUUCAGUAUUCAAAAUUUGUCAUACAGAACUCGACCCUACUUCUUAUAUUCAGCGUUGUAUUUUUGAUACGUGUGCGUGUAUCGAAGGAGAUGAUUGCCAUUGUUUGUGUACAGCUUUGUCAUCUUACGCACAUGAAUGUAAUCGUCGAGGAUUACCUGUAAAGUGGAGAUGUCCAGGUCUCUGUGAAAUACAGUGUGCCGAUGAAUUUAGAUAUUCUCCCUGUAUGUCUACUUGUCCCCACGAAACUUGUGAUAAUUUGGCUACUUUUCACGACGGAAAACAUCUUUGUACUCAAGAUACUUGCGUUGAAGGAUGUAUUCCCAAGCCCUGUCCAGAAGAUCAUAUUUACAAAAAUAAUUCAUUUCUCGAAUGUAUCCCGAGAAGUAUGUGUAAACCAUUGUGCCUAGAAAUACAAGGAAAACUUUAUUAUGAAGGUGAUACAAUUCGUGGUGAUGAAUGUCAAACUUGCUUUUGUAGCCAUGGUAAAAUUGUAUGCAAUGGUGCACCUUGCUCUGAAUUAAAAUCAGAGCCAAUUAUCAUCCCUGGUACAGAGACAAAAAUAGAAUUAUUUAAUAUAUCUUCACCCACUACUACUACUACUACUACUACGACAACUACAAAUAAAGUUACAACAAUUACAACUCAUAUUACAACGACAGUAUAUUCAGGUUCUUGUGAUAAAAAUAAUGAAUAUCACCCAGAUCCCAGAAAUUGUCAGUUAUUUUAUCACUGUGCUCCAGCAACCAGUGGUUUGGAGUGGUAUGAAAGCACGUGUGGACCUGGUACUCUUUAUAAUCCAAAAAACAAAAUAUGUGACUGGCCAACUACUGUAAUUGCUGUUCGUCCCGAAUGUGGUAACAUUACUGUUUCAGAAACAACUGGUCGUUGUAAUGAAGGUGAACAUUGGGACGUCUGUGCUAUAAAUUGUAACAGAGUAUGCCAAUAUUAUCGUCACGUUUUGGUACAGCAAAAUUAUUGUACUCUAAAUAAUAAUUGUGUUCCGGGUUGCGUUAAUGAUAAAAAUGUUUGUCCCUCUCACAAAUAUUGGCGAGAUCUUUACACUUGUGUUGAUAUAAGUGACUGUCCUUGUAAAACGUACUCAGGUAAUCAAAUUAAACCGGGUGGCAUUUUCAAAGAAUCAGAUUGUGAAGUCUGCCAAUGUUUAAGUAAUUACUAUACAUGUGAUAAGUCAGCUUGUUUAACAUCAUUAACAAAUUCAGUUAAUGUAAAUCUAACACGAACUAAUCAAACACUUACUGAAAAUUAUCAAGUCAUUCCUAUUAAUCAACAAAUAAUUAUUACCACUAGUACAGUGUCACCAGCGAAUCCGUGCAUCAGUGAAAAUUAUAUUAGUAUUUUUGAAAAUGAUAUAAAUACUAAAGUAAUAUUUAAUGCAAGUAGUACAACAGAUCCUAAUCAUAAGCCCGAAUAUUCAAAAUUAUUUACUUCUGAUACGAUGACAAAUAAUUCAUUAAAAAAUUGGCAACCGAAAUACAUGGAUUCUGAGCAAUGGCUUGAAAUAAUACUACCACGACUUGAACCACUUUAUGGAAUUAUUAUGCAGGGAUCAAUAGACGAAAAAAAAUAUGUAACUAGUUACAAAGUUCUUUAUUCACAAGAUGAAAAAACGUUCUCUUAUAUAAUGGACAGUACACACAAAAAUCCUCAAUUAUUUCAAGGUAAAAUUGAUUCAACAGUACCAGUAAAACAAUUUUUCCAAGAGCCGAUUGAAGCUAAAAUAAUAAAAAUAAAUCCUCAAACUUGGCAUCAUGGAAUUGCGAUAAAAGUCGAUUUACUCGGAUGCAAUGAACACUUUGAUAUUACAAAUUUACGGACUAAUACAAGUAUUAUUACAAAUAAUAGCUCGAUAGUUCAUGAGGUGAUUGUAACUAAACCAAUUUGUGAUGACACUAUGGGUUUAAAUAAUGGCCUUAUGAAAGAACAACAAAUAACAGCAUCUUCUACUCUUGAUAAAAUAUUUCCUAACGUACAAUUGUCGUCAUCUGGAAUAUGGCGCCCAUUACUUGAUAAUCCUACACAAUUUAUUGAAUUUGAUUUUCUCCAAAGUGUCAAUCUUACUGGAAUUGAGACAAAAGGAGCUGACAAUAUUUGGACAACUGCUUACAAAAUUUUCUACGGCAAAGAUGAUCAGUGCAAAAACGCUGUUGUUGAUAGUAAUGGUAAUGAAAAACUUUUCUUAGGAAAUUUUGAUGAUAAAACUACAAAAAUAAAUUACUUUCAUAAACCUAUCCAUGCGAGAUAUUUAAGAAUUCAGCCAAUUAAGUGGCACGAACACGUAGGUCUUAAAGUAGAAAUUCAUGGCUGUUUUAUUCCAUAUCCUGAAAUUGAAAUUGAAGAAUUACCACAAUCAGAGCAGACAAUCAAAUCAAAUUGUAAUGUAUGUCCUGGAAUAUUCCAAGAUUUAACACUAAAUGAAUGCACCUGUAAUAAAUCAUUAUGGUGGACUGGGGAAACUUGCGCAUUAAGACAAGAUUGCCCUUGUGUAGUAAAUGGUAUGAUCUAUUCGGCAGGAACUAGCUAUGAAACGAAAAAUUGUCAGCAAUGUCAGUGUGCAAUUAAUGGAGUUUCUGAAUGUAAACCAAAAGUUUGUAAUCCUUGCAAUAAACCAGAUCUCCAAUCAGUCGUAACAGAACUAUGUGGAUGCAUUUGCAAGCCUUGUCCACCUGGAAUGAGACUUUGUCCUACUAGUAAUAUAUGUAUAAAAGAAGCUGAUUGGUGUAAUGGCGUUAAAGAUUGUCCUGAUGAUGAAUCAAAUUGUAAAACAUCUCUAAGCUUCAGUAAUUCUUAUGCACAAUCUCACAUUAUCACUAAGACAACAACUUUUACUGUUGUACGUUGUGAAUUACCAACAUGUCCUCCGGGUUAUAAACUUAUUCCGAUGCAAAAAUCAUCCCCCCAAAAUAUGUCUGAUUCAUCGAAAGUUGAUGACGAAAACGUUCAAAUAGACACAAGAAGUAAUUUCCCGCCUCCAAAGUCACCAACCAAAAAUGAGAAUCCUAUGAAAGAAGAAAAUAAAUUUAAACCUUUUGAAUUCGAAUGUCAGCAAUUUUUAUGUGUAUCUGUCCAACACAUUAUGGUAUCCGAAGAGCAGCAGAUGGUUAUUAAGUGUCCAGAAGUUGAAUGUCCACCAAAAUAUAAACUUAUUUAUGAACCUUCAAGCUUAUAUGAUCGAGCAGUUUGUCCAAGUUUUACUUGCAAGCCUCCACCACCAAAGGAAGUAAUUUGCAAUGUAACAGGCCGAUCAUUUAAUACCUUUGAUAAUUUGGAAUAUAAAUACGAUAUUUGCAAUCAUAUUCUUGUUAGAGAAAUGUAUGAUAAUAGUUGGUACAUCAUGCUGAAAAAAUUAUGCUACAGACAACAGUUUUGUUCCCAAGCUCUUGGUAUAGUAACCGACAAUGAUGUGAUUACAUUAUAUUCAAACAUGUCAGUUAGUAUAAAUAAUAAUACAUUUAUGCCUGAACAAGUGACUAAUUUACGUGGUAAAGGGGGUACAUUUGUAAUAAUUCAAAUCGGUAAUAGUCUUAACUUUGUAUCCAAUAAAUACGGAUUUUGGCUUACGUGGGAUCAAAAUUCAAAUGUUAAAAUUAGUAUAACGACAAAAUUAAUAAAUCACGUUGACGGAUUAUGUGGAUAUUAUGAUAAUAAAAUUGAAAAUGAUCGACAAAAUCCUGAUGGAAGUCAAGCAAUAACAUCUGAAGACUUUGGAGACAGUUGGUUAGUGGAUGGCGCAUCAAAAUGUGAAAACGAAAAAUAUCAUAAACAAUUAUUAGAAGAAGCUCAAAAAAUUUGUAAUGCUACUAAAGACAAAUCAUUUACAGUUUGUGAAAAUGUAUUAGAAUUAAAUAAAUAUAUAUCACGUUGUAUUGAAACAACGUGUAAUUGUUUGAAUGAAAACAUAACAUAUGAACAAUGUCGAUGCCGUACACUAGAAUCAUUUGUAAGUGAAUGUCAAGCUGCUGAUAGAAAUGUUGAUUUAUCUUCAUGGAGAGGUAUUCAAAAUUGUCUGAUUAAUUGUCCGUCACCGUUAGUUUAUAAAGACUGUUUUAGACGUAAAUGCGAAGUCACAUGCGAUAACUUGCAAGAAAUUGAUCCAUGUCCUUUGACAGAUGGUUUUUGUUAUUCUGGAUGCUUCUGUCCUGAGGGUACAGUUCGUAAAGGUAAUGAUUGUAUUUCUCCCACUGAAUGCAGAGACUGUGUUUGUAAUGGUUUCGGUUAUUCAAGUUUCACUGAUUUUAAUAAUCGAGGAUUUUCAUUUCCCGGCAACUGCACGUACAUUCUAUCACAAGAUAUUGUUAAAAAUAAAGUUGAUGAACAUACAUAUCGAGUACUUAUAAAAAAUGUACCUUGUGAUAAAAGAAUCUGUUUAGAAGCAUUGAUAAUACUGUAUAAAGACCACUUGGUACGAAUUGAACGAGAUUUAAACUUUCAAAACUUUACGCUUUUGCUAGAUAAUGAACUAAUUCAAGUACCAUAUAAAAAUUUUUGGAUAAGUUUUACCAAAAAAUUAAAUAAUGAUAUUAAAAUUUUAAUACCCGCAAUCCAGUUAGAAUUGACUGGUUAUCAUCAAAGUUUUGGUUUUACAGUUAGAAUACCAUCUCGAAUUUUCGGCAACGCAAUUGAAGGCCUUUGCGGCAGUUGUAGUAUUAUUCAAGAAAAUGGUUUUAAAAAAUCUAAUAACGAGUUAACUGAGAAUGUUGAAGAAUUUGGAUUAAGUUGGUUAGCUACUGGAAUUCCUCAAGUAGGAUUAGUGUCAGCUGACGAAUGUACCCAUCAGCCAAUAAAACAAUGCGAUUAUUCAAUAUUCGCGUCAAAUAAUUCAUGUUUAAUAUUAACAAAUGAAAAUACAUUUGGAAAAUGUCACAGUGUCAUAGAUCCAACACCUUUUGUUAAAUCUUGUCAGGACACUCUCUGUGUUGGAGGUAAUGUGUGUGGAGAUAUUGAAGCUUAUGCAAGAGAAUGCGGAUUGUGUAUUAAUUGGAGGGCAUCUGAUCUUUGUCCAUUGAAAUGUUCUGAAAAUUUAAAAUAUCAAGCAUGUGGACCGAGUUGUACUGAUACUUGUGACACUGUACGUAAAAAUGAGACACGUAAAUGUACAUCCGAUUUUGCCGAAGGAUGUUUCUGUCCAAAAGAUCAUGUUUUAAAUAAUGGUACAUGUAUUCCCAAAAAUAAAUGUUUCAUUUGUGAUGAGCAGGGACAUUUAGAAGGAGAUGUUUGGCAACCCGAUCCAUGCAUUACGUGCUCCUGUAAAAAUCAAAUUAUUAAUUGUAAUGAAACCAAGUGCUCAACCUUAGAGACGGUUUGUCUUGAAAAUUAUACACUUUUGAAAGUACCCGGAACUGAAAAAGAAUGUUGUCCAAAGUAUCGUUGUAUACCUACUCCAGAUAAAAACGUGACUUGCGAAAAUAAACCUCAACAACCUAAUUGCGGUUACGGUCAGAUUAUAAAGAUCACCAAGGGAAAUGAUGGAUGUCAGACAUUUAGUUGCCAAUGCAUACCAGCAGAAGAAUGUCCUUCACCAGAUAUAACAUCAUUAGCAGACAAAGAAAAACUUCUUCAACCUGGUUAUGCUGAAGUUAUUAAUCAGACAGGAUGUUGCUUACAAAAUUUUGUAGUCUGCAAACCAGAAACGUGCCCACCUCCAUCUAAAUGUCCAAAAUAUUACAAUAAUGCAGUAAAAACUAUUCCCGGUGUUUGUUGUCCUAUUCAUAAAUGCGAGUUACCGCAAGAUAAAUGUCUCUAUUCAAAUGAUAAUCAAACAGUAGAGAUUAUCGCUGUAGAAAUUGGUAAAACUUGGAAAAAAAGUCUUUGUGAAGAUUGUGUGUGCGAAAAAUCGAUUGACAAGUUUCCAAAAUCAGUUUGUGCAAAAAUUCAAUGUCCGACAAUUAAUGAUCAUUCUGAUAUUAAUAAUUAUGAGCUGGUAGAAGUUCCGUUGAAAGAUCAAUGUUGCUCAAAAAUAGAGAGAGUUGCUUGCAAACAUAUUGGAAAAAUUUAUAAUGUUGGACAAACAUGGCAAUCAAAUCCAAACGACACUUGUGAAAUGAUAAAAUGUGACAAUGAAACGAAUAGUGGUAUUCAGAAGAAAAUAAUAAAACAAGAAUGUAAAAUUUCUUGCAAUAGAGGUUUCGAAUAUAAACCAUCUGAAAAUAAAAACAUCACUUGUUGUGGAGAAUGUGUACCAGUUGCUUGUGUGGUUAAUGGAUCUUUAAAAAUUAUCAAUGAAAAAUGGCACUCCGAAGAUUUAUGUACCAACUAUGAAUGUCUCUCUGACAAAGGAAAUCUUCGUGUCAAAGAAUCGGUUACAUCAUGUGAAAAGCUUGAAUCGUCUGAAGAAGAAAAGUAUAAAAUAAAAAAGCAAAAAAUUACUGGGCAAUGUUGUUUGAAGUAUGAUCGUGUUGGUUGUCGAUCUGAAAAUAACGUUUAUCUGCCCGGAAUGACAUGGACUAAUGCUAAAAAUAGUUGUAUAACUGAACAAUGUUCGAAUAAAACUGGUAAACUUGAACUAACACAAAUCGUACAAAAUUGCGUUGAAGACUGUCAAUUAGGAUGGGAAUAUCGACAGCCAAAAACUGGACACUGUUGUGGUAAAUGUGAACAGACAUAUUGUAUGGAUAAUGGUGUUUUACAUAAAAUAAAUGCUACGUGGCGAUCUAAGGAUAAAUGUACUACUUAUACUUGUCGAUUCAAUAAUAAUCAGCUAAUUGUCAAUAGUAGUACUCAACAAUGUCCAGAUGUAUCAUAUUGCAAGUCGGUACGACUACAUGAUAGUGGUUGCUGUAAUGUAUGCGCUAAUGAAAAAGAAUCCGUUGUUUUGGAAGAAUUUGGUAACAAUACGAUAUUAGGGCAAUGUGAUGUCACGACUAUCGAUAAAAACAAAACAUUUGAAAUUAUUACGGUAAAAUACCCAAAUCAUGGAGUAUGUAAAAAUAAAGAAUUGAUUAAAGGUUUUGCUCAAUGUCAUGGAACUUGUGAAAUGCCAGUGCGAUUUGAUCCUGUAAGUUCAAGGCAACUGAAUGAAUGCAAAUGCUGUCAAUCAAUUGGUAAAAUGCAAUUAAUAACUGUAAAUUUAAUAUGCGAUGACAAAACAAAAAUUCCACAAAAAGUAUUUGUUCCCACUAAAUGUUCGUGUCAAGCGUGUAAUAGUUAUUUUUCAACUAAAAAGAAGCCUAUCCACGUAAAAUCGGCGAAAGGAUAAAUUAAUUUUUUUCUUUAAUUCUUAAAAAAUAUAUUAUGUUAUAAAUGUCAAUAAAUUGUUCAAUCAAUAUGCUAAGAAAAUAAACUAUUAUUGAUUUAAUUAAAAAAA